AUGCCUAAGAACAGCAAGGUGACGCAGCGCGAGCAGAGCCAUGAGCACGUCACAGAGUCGGUGGCUGACCUGCUCGCACACGAGGAGCCGCUCGACUACAAGAGCAGCUCCCUGAACGUCGGAGGGGCCACAGGGAAGAAAGUCCCACAGAUAGAGGUGCCCGAAAACGAUGGACGCCCUGCCUGGAACAGCAAAUUGCAGUACAUCCUUGCCCAGGUGGGCUUCUCUGUGGGCCUGGGGAACGUGUGGCGCUUCCCUUACCUGUGCCAGAAGAAUGGAGGAGGUGCCUAUCUGGUUCCCUACUUCAUCCUCCUCCUCAUCAUUGGCAUCCCGCUCUUCUUCUUGGAGCUGGCUGUGGGUCAGAAGAUUCGACGUGGGAGCAUCGGGGUCUGGAACUACGUCUGUCCCAGUCUGGGCGGGAUAGGGGUGUCCAGUCUGAUGGUGUGUGGCUUUGUGGGCCUCUACUAUAAUGUGAUCAUCGGCUGGAGCAUCUUUUACUUCUUCCAGUCUUUCCAGUAUCCUCUUCCUUGGAGCGACUGUCCAAUCAGAAAGAAUGGGACACUCGCCAUUGUGGAGCCGGAGUGUGAGAAAAGCUCGGCUACGACCUAUUUCUGGUACCGUCAGACUCUGAACACCACCAGCACCAUCGCAGAGAGCGGUGGCCUCAACGUGAAAAUGACCCUGUCUCUGCUUGUGGCCUGGAUCAUCGUAUGUCUCGCUGUCAUUAGAGGAAUCGCCUCCUCCGGGAAGGUGAUGUACUUCAGCUCUCUUUUCCCCUAUGUGGUGCUGUUCUGUUUCCUGGUCAGGGGUUUAAUGCUAAAGGGAUCAGUGGAUGGUAUCGCUCACAUGUUCACUCCCAAGUUAGAGAAGAUGCUGGAGCCCCAGGUGUGGAGGGAGGCAGCCACCCAGGUCUUCUUUGCCCUGGGUCUGGGGUUUGGAGGAGUCAUAGCCUUCUCCAGUUACAACAAGAUCGAUAACAACUGCCAUUUUGAUGCCGUGCUCGUCUCUUUCAUCAACUUCCUCACUUCUAUUCUGGCCACACUGGUGGUGUUCGCUGUGCUGGGUUUCAAGGCCAAUCUCAUGAACGAAAAGUGUGUCGUACAGAAUGCAGAGAAGAUCCUGGGUUACCUCAACUCUAACGUCCUGAGUCACGAUCUGAUCCCCCCACAUAUAAACUUUACCCAUCUCACCACAUCAGACUAUGCUGAGAUGUACGGGGUCAUCAAGACAGUGAAAGAGGACAGUUUCGCCCAGCUGGGUCUGGAGCCUUGUGUCCUGGAGGACGAGCUCAACAAGGCUGUCCAGGGCACCGGCUUGGCCUUCAUCGCCUUCACAGAAGCCAUGACCCAUUUCCCGGCAUCUCCAUUCUGGUCGGUCAUGUUCUUCUUCAUGCUCAUCAACCUCGGUCUGGGCAGCAUGAUCGGCACCAUGACCGGCAUCACUACACCUGUCCUCGACACCUACAAGGUCCAGAAGGAGCUUUUCACAGUGUGUUGCUGCAUUGUGGCAUUCCUAUGUGGCCUGUUGUUCGUUCAACGCUCAGGGAAUUACUUUGUCACCAUGUUUGAUGAUUACUCUGCCGGACUGCCUCUCACUGUAGUGGUCAUCCUGGAAAAUGUGUCUGUCGCUUGGAUUUACGGCACAAAAAGGUUCAUGCAGGAUCUAGAGGACAUGUUGGGUUUCCGACCAAACAUGAUGUAUUUCUACCUGUGGAAGUACGUCUCCCCUCUGUGUCUCAUUGUGCUCAUCUCAGCCACUGUGAUAGAAAUGGCCAUCAGCCCACCAGGAUACAACGCCUGGGUCCAAGAGCUGGCUCAGGAACGCUUCCAGAGCUACCCUCCCUGGGCAUUGGCCAUGUGCUUCGCUCUCAUCAUAGUGGCCAUGCUGCCGCUCCCCGUUGUCUUCAUUGCCCGCCGCUUCAACCUGAUGUCAGACGGCUCCAACAAGCUGUCUGUCUCCUACCGUAAAACCAUGAUGAAGGACAUGUCCAUCCUAGAGGAGCAGGACGAGGCCAAAUCCAUCCUCGGCACCAAGCCCGGCGAGAUGCCAUCAUCGGUGCCGGCACGCAAAGCCUACCUUACUCCAGGAGGGAACAAACCCCUGGACCCCAACUCCCUGUCUCCAAACAUCUGCUACGGUACAAGCUACCAGAACGCUGCCAUCAGCCCCACCACACCGACUACACCGACCAUGCCUGCCACACCAGAGUCUGACUCUUGACUUCAACACUCCCCAUGACACCCAAUCCCAUAGCACAGUUUACCUUUCAGCCAUAAAGUCUCCACCAGGGAUCACUGCAGCGCAGAGAAUCCCCGCCACUGUCCUACUAACGCCACAAAAAUGUAUGUAGCUGCCCAAUUUACCAGAACACACGCUAGGCAAAAUAACACCAAGGAACCAUCUCCAGCAGGAGAAAAAAGUUUACUCUUUCACAGUAGAUCAAACACUGAAAUCAGGGUGGGACUGACAUCUGUAUCUAUUCUGUAUUUAACUUCACAGGGUUUAAGAUGAAGUUCUGUGAUCUGCAUUUCUUUGCCUUAGUAUAAGGAUCCUCAGUAGACACAGACCCCCACAGCUUAAUGUAUAUCCCCGUCUGCACAGUGCAGGGGACCUGAAAGAAUGAAUGUAGAGGAGCUGGCAUAGUCCUGCUGGUUGAACAGGUUUUCACUCAGCACACCGGCACAGAGAGCCAAGAUGAAUGAAUGAAUUAUUUUAAGGUUCGAAAGCAGUGUUUGCGUUGCUGCCCUCUGUAGUGGUACUGUGUGUUAAAGUCAUACGGUCUAACACAAAACAAGUUAUUUUCUAUUAGAUCUGAUUUCAGUGAGUAGGUACAGUAUGUCUACAUGAGCACUGACAUGCACCUCUGUUCUGAUGUUCUAAACUACAAAAUACUAA